AUGGUCUCUGGAUUCACCAAGUCGCUCAGCUCGGUCGUUUACCGCAACUUCUUCAAGAAGGAGUCGACCUACUUUGCCACCAUCGUGGGCAGCGGCGUCCUGUUCUCGAUCGGCUUCAACACCUACUUUGACAGCUACUGGAACAAGAAGACCGCUGGCACAAAGUGGGAGGACAUUAAGGACAAGUAUGUCCAGCAGGAGUAA